AUGAGAGUGGCCCCACUGGUCCUAAGACUGAUGUGCUUGGCCUGGUUGUGGACCGUCAGCCACAACAGCAGCCACUUUCCAAACAAGAGGAGACACAAGGAGCAAUAUGGAGAGAACACCAAACACAAGCAUGGAGGACGGGUGGAUCUUAAGAUGAAAAAACUGGACAGCACCAAGUCUCUGCUAAUUAAAUCUGAGCAGCUGCUUCGGAUUGAAGACCAUGACUUUGCAAUGCGGCCCGGCUUUGGAAGUACGGCUAUUCCUGUUGGCAUCGAUGUCCAGGUGGAGAGCAUUGACAGCAUAUCUGAAGUGAACAUGGACUUCACCAUGACUUUGUACCUGAGGCAUUACUGGCAGGACGAUCGGCUGGCCUUCCCCUCCAGCAACAACAAGAGUCGUACCUUUGAUGCACGUCUUGUGAAGAAGAUUUGGGUUCCUGACGUGUUCUUUGUACACUCCAAGCGUUCUUUUAUCCAUGACACAACCAUGGAGAACAUUAUGCUGAGAGUUUUCCCUGAUGGCAAUAUCCUCUACAGUGUCAGGAUCACUGUGACUGCACUUUGCUCAAUGGACUUCAGUAGUUUUCCUCUGGACACACAGAAUUGCUCUCUGGAGCUAGAGAGCUAUGCUUACAAUGAGAAUGACCUAAUGCUCUACUGGAAGAACGGGAACGAUUCAUUAAGGACUGACGAGAUCGUGCUCUCUCAGUUUUUUAUUGAAGACUUCCAGCCUUCCUUUGGGCUUGCCUUCUACAGCAGUACUGGUUCGUACAAUCGUCUCUACAUAAACUUCAUUCUCAGAAGGCAUAUCUUCUUCUUCAUGCUUCAGACGUACUUUCCCACCAUGCUAAUGGUGAUGCUGUCCUGGGUGUCUUUCUGGAUAGACAGGAGGGCCGUACCUGCCCGUGUCUCUCUGGGCAUCACCACGGUUCUGACAAUGUCCACUAUCAUCACUGGUGUCUCAGCCUCUAUGCCACAGGUGUCUUACGUCAAAGCCGUAGAUAUCUACUUGUGGGCAAGCUUCCUGUUUGUCUUCCUGUCUGUCAUCGAGUACGCUGCUGUCAACUAUUUCACCACAGUGGAGGAGAUGAAGAAGCUCAAGAGGGCAAAGAUCCCCAACUCCUAUAACGCCACCCAGGCUAUGGCGUUCGAUGGCUGUUUCCAUGACAAUGACAUCGACCUGACUUCUUUUCCCGAGGUCUCCAGCACCCCAAAUACAGAGAGGAACACCCAGUCUCGAAACUCUACUGUCUCCGGACUGUCUCGAAACUCUACUGUCUCCGGACCCACAGAAGGCACCAGGCUACGCCGCAAAUACCCUUUAAAGCUAAGCCUCAGCUUCAUUAUGAGCAACAGCUACAUGAUCGACUCCUACUCCAGAGUCAUAUUUCCCAUGGCUUACCUGCUGUUCAACAUCAUUUAUUGGAGUAUGUAUGCAUAG